CUCACCUCUAACCAAGAGUAUAUAACUCACCUCAUGACUGGGUCUAUUGUUUAACACGCUCUUCUGAUGGCAUCUAUGGGUCUGUAGUAGUUUCCUUCCAGCCUUCUCCUCAGUCUCCUGGUGCCCCCCGGGUUCAGACCUUUCUUCUGUCCAUCAAUAAAUAUAUUGAUCAGGAUGGGGACUGGAAGUCCUGCUAUCAGCAUCACCUGGGCACUCGCUCUCAUCUCCACCUUGAUCCACCCCUGUGAGGGGGACAGGACUGGAAUGUCCAGGAGAGACACAUUUCUGUCAAUGGAGUCUGUGUUGGACAUGGCACCCUCUUCCUAUGAUGAUCAGUACAUGGGGUGCACUGAGGCCAUGGAGGCUGAGAUUCCUACACUCUUCAAAAAUGAGUCUUUCUUAAACAAGGACUUUGCUGAUGCCUGGGAUUGUGCCAAUAAAGAAUGGGAAAAGAGAAAGGGAAGCACUAAGGUUCCCAUUGGAUUUAAGGAUGAGUAUGCAAUAUCAACGUUGGUCUACACCAAUCAUAAGCCAAAUAUUUACUCUCCCUUCAAUGAGGCCGUGCGCCAGGCUGGGAAAUCCAGAGAUUUCUAUCUAAAUCAUUUCCAUUUCAAGGCUCUACAUUAUUAUCUGACCAGGGCCUUUCAGCUGCUCGAUGCUGUGGAAUCACCAACUUGUUACUCAGUCUACAGAGGAGUAAAUAUUAGAUUCACAGCUGAGCCAGGGGAAUCAGUCCGUUUUGGCCAGUUCACAUCUUCAUCAAUAGAUGAACAGGUAGCUUUGAAGUUUGGAGAUGACACGGUCUUUACCAUCACUACCUGCUACGGGGUCAGAAUUAGGGAUUUAUCGUUCUACCGUACAGAGGAGGAAGUGCUUAUCCCGCCCUUUGAGAAAUUCAAAGUCAUCGAUUUCAGUACAAACAAUAAUAAAAAUAAGAUGACCCUUGAGUCUGUGCAAAUUCAUAGUAACCACAACUGUGUGUUUCUCAGAGCCGCAAGUCCUGGCAUGGGAAGUCUGCAGAUUAUUCCAAUGUGUUGGCUGGUGCUUCUGUGGGGCCUUCUGGGGUCUCUUCUUAUCCCCUGACCCCCUGAUGCCUACAGUCUGGAGAUUGGCCCCCUGCCUUAGUAGAUUCCCAAAAUGUUUUCAUUGUGUAUAUUUUUUCAUCCUCUUCCAUUCCAUGUCAUUCCAUUUGACGUGAUAUCAUCUGUUAUUCAAUCAUAAAAUAUUACAUUUUGUAUUUCUUAGCACUUGACCCAUUGGGAAUCUGAGCUGCAUCUAAUACUUUGAUUAAGAACUGCUGGCAGCUGGUUUAUUCUUUUCAUUCUAUUACACAUCAUCCCAAUAGGCAUAAAUUCACAAAAUAAUCGGUGCCACAGGGGGCGUGGCUAAGAAUAUUUGCAGGUUCACAAAAUGUAUAUUAAAUAAGUGUUUGUA